AUGGACACCGAAUACCAGGCCCACGAAUUAUUUUGUGUCAAUGCCGAAUUUCGCGUGUUGAUUUGCCAGAAAUGUCAAUGUGCCGUACGCCGGGGACAGAUCAAGGCCCAUUUAAGUAGUACCGUACAUCGGAUACCCAUUUCGUGGGUACAGUAUAUCGACAGAGUGAUCCAGCAGUGGGAUCAUAUUGAUGAUCACCCAGAGGUGGAUAGUUGGCCCCGCCAGAUUGAUCAACCCAUCCCCGAGUUACCCGUUUAUCAGGAUGGAUUAUUGUGCCAGCAAUGUGAGGUAUAUACAUGCCGCCAGAUCCGUACGAUGAAGGCACAUUGGAUAGAGGCCCAUCAGUAUCGUGUACAGCAAAGCCGUGGUCGUCCCACACCCAGACAGGAAAAAGCCAUCCAGGCCGCCAUUAACGCCAAUAGCCGAGCCGUUGCGUGUCAGCGUAUAUUCAGCCAAGGCCCCGGUUCACAUUAUAUUCAUAUUGUGCAGCCCAAUCCCAAUGAGCCCCCCAUAGACCCCGUGGAAGACCCCGACCGGAUUCACCAGUUAGUGCAAAUGGUUGAGGAGUAUCAGCAGCAAGAUCAACAGGCCCAUGAAACCAUCAUCCAGGCCGGGGAGUUAGAUGAAGCCACGCCAUGGUUGAAUCGGACGGGGUGGGUUCGGUAUUUACAAGGGACCCCCCCGGCAGCCAUUAUUCGAGAGUACCCAGCGCCCCGAGGAGGAUGCCGAGGGACCAGAGCGUAUCGCAUUGGUCAUUUGGGAGGCCAUGGAGCGAUUGGCAUCGGUGAGCCAGGAGAUCGCCAAGGCGUGCGGGCAUUUAGUACGCAUUGA